AUGGGUAUAGGGCGCAAAUUAAUUUAUUGCCAGUUUUUCCUUUUCAUAUGUUUUAUUCUUCAUUAUAUUAAAGCAAUAUAUAACUAUAGUGCACUUCCCAAGAACAAUGAAAUUUCAAGUAGUAAACUAAUUGCUAACUUGAAAGGACACCAUUGGACUGUGAAAAAAAAAAGUAAUAAAGUUAAAAGGAAAUGUUCUAGGUAUACUAAUAUUAGUUUUCCUUUAAAUGUUGGAUGGAAAUGCAAAAAAAAAAAAAAAAACAUGAAAUGGCUUUAUAAAAAUACAUCAUGCAUUGGUGAGAGAGAAAUUUUGUUACUACCUCGUAACCAUUUGCUAAGGCAGAAUUUUUUUUUUUUUUUUUUUUUUUUUUUUUUUACAUACAUAAAAAAUAAGGACAAAAAAAGAAACACCUACUACUAUCCCCUUCCCUACAAAAAAGAAAAAAAAAAAAUUGAAGUGAAAAUUAAACAUACUUCAAGAAGGGGCGAAAGUAGCAACGACGGUAACAGUGAAGCACCUAAGGAGAAGGAAGUGGACCAAGUAGACCAGUUGGACAAAGAAAAGGAAAAAAAACAAAUAACUUUAAUAGAAAAUGUUAAAAAGAAGCUAUUAAAAAUUGAAUACAUUGACGAAAAUAACGAAAGUAGUGAUAUUGUGUUAAAAAUACACAUAAAGGGCAAACUGAGAGAGGACUACUAUGAUAUGUGUGUAAAAAAAUAUAAAGAAAAAAAAUUAAAAGAAAACAAAUAUGAGUAUUCCUAUUUGAAGGAUAUACCAGUGAACAGUUUAAUUAAUUAUGUAGAUCAAAAUGAUUACUUUAAAAUUUUUUUAAAAUACGUCAAUGAAGAUAUUAUAAAAGUUUACAAAGGUAUAAAGAAAUUACAUUUAAUAGGAGCACCCCGAUUAUUAAAUAAAAUUGACCAUAUGAACAUAAGUAAGUUUAAUGAUAUAGUACUAAAUUUUUCUAUUGACAAAUUUCCUACUAUUAAAUUUCUGAAGUCGUACCUCAAUUUAGACCUAACUGUUAAAAUACCUCCAUACGAGAAAGGAAACGCUUUUAAAGAAUUCUUAAAAAUUGUUCAAAAUGAAAAUGAAGUUGCUAUAAAUUCAGACCACAGUCAUAAAGUAGAAUGGAAUAAUGAUGUAUAUAUAAACAUUUUACGAGGAUGGGUUUACAGCUUUAAUGAUAUCUAUUAUGAUGAGUAUUGUAAAGUUAACACGGAUAGGAGAAAUACUCACAGAAAAAUGGUGCAAGGAGCAACUCAAAAUAAAUGUCCUAUUGAUGAUAAAAAAUAUGCAGUAGAAAAAAAAUACAGGAUAAAUGAAGAAUUGAAUAUCAUAGAGAAUAACAAAAUUAACGAUUUAAUAGAUAUAGAUAAGGACGAAGAGAACUUUAUUAACAAUUCAAAUAAUUAUGAAGAGAACACUUUAACAAAUGUUCAUAAUGCAAAUGAAGAAAAUUUAUUUAAUGAGACAAAUGAUAAGGAUAAUGAGAGUAGAAGAUACUACUACGACGAAUAUUUGAAAAAUGCAGAUUUUUCAAAUUAUUUUAAACAAGGAUAUUUGUUACCCAAUGAUAUUAUUCAAAUGAAUAAUGCAACUAUAUUGAUAAAAGAAAAUUAUAAUCCUCUUGGUUUUAAUGAAUCCUUAAUCGGUAUGAACAAGAAUCAAAAAAAAAAUAUAACUGUCUAUUUACCCAUAAGUUUAUUUAAGGAUUAUUUUCAAAAAAAUAAUUUAACACUUGAUAAGAAUAAAGAUCAACAAGUUAUAAAUCUCAAGGAAAUUAAUAAAGAAAGUAUAAGUAAAUUUAGAGAAAUUAUUUAUACAGAAAUUAAAAAAUUAAAAAAUAAUAGAACACUUCAAAAAUUGGAAAAUAUUUUAAAGACCAAUGAAAAUAAAUUUUUUGACAGCAAUACAUUAGAACAGUCGCUCAAGAAAGGGAACGAAAAUGGUGAACAGGAUGGUCGGGAGGAACGCGUCGAAUCAGAAAGGAAUAGUAAGCAGACCAGUAGAAGUAGAGCAUCAGAAGAAUCAGUGGAAGCAAAGGAGACAAAGGAGAUAAAGGAAGCAGAGUAUUAUAUUGCAAAUAAGGAAGAAGACAUUGAAUAUAUUUUAAAUGAUAACAGCGUUUUAUUUGAUGAAGAGGAAAGUGACGAAAAGGGCGAACCGAAUGGGAGGAGCGAACCAAACGAGUCAGGUGAGUCAAGCGAUCCAAGUCGAUUGGACAAACCAAACGAUCCUAGUGAGCCUUACAAAAGAGACGAGAAACUACAUUUUCUUGAAAACUUCGACAAGUAUGUGGAGGAACUACUAAAUGAAGAUAUUAAUUCUCUUGACGAUAAAUUAUAUUACAAUAGAAGUGGUGAAACGACGAAAAUCCUUCAAAACAUAUGCGACCCAAGUGAGUACGAGACUGAAAAAAAUACAGACGACAGUUUAAAUGAUUACAUAUUGGGGAAAAGUGAUUUAAUAAAAUGUGUGUUAGAAGUAGAAAUAUUAGAUAUUAAAAUAAGAAAAAAAGGAAAUGAAGAUAUAAAUGAUUAUGUUUUAAAGAAAUAUAAUAAGACUAUUGAUGAGUUGUAUGAAGAUAUUGAAGGAAGAGCUAUGAAGGACAUUCAAGGUAAAUGUGUCGACCAAAGAAGAAUGGAAGCAUAUAAAAAAUUAAUGGAAAUUACUACUUUAAAUAUACCGAUAACAUUAUUUCGUGCACAAGGUAAAAGGUUGUAUGAUAAUUAUUUAAGAAAACAGAAAAUGAAAAAGAGUGUAAAUGAUAAAGAUAACCACCAAAUAUUAGAUUUUGAAGAAUUUAUUAAAAAAUCACAAAAAGAAAUAUAUGAUCAAAUUAAAUUUUCUUUUAUAGUUAAAUCAAUAUUUCAAAAUUCAAAGUUAAAAGUAAAUUAUGAACAUAUAAUUAGAGAUGUUAUAAGGACAUUAAUUAAAACACCUACAAAUAAUGUACAGUCAUUAAUAAAAAAAAUUUAUACAGUACACCAAGCACAAUGCGUCCUGGAUUUUGUUUCUCUAAAUUCUAAUAUUUCAUUUGAUAUAAAUCAUAAUUCAUCCUUAAAUUUUUCGGUCAGUCUAAAAAAAGGGUCUAGUUACACAAAAGAAGAAUUUCUAAAUGAUGACCAACAGUCAGCUAGCGAUCCACGUAAAAGCAGGGAACAGUUAUCAUCAUAUCGUGAUGGGACAAAUAUAAAUGAAAAAAAUAGCAACACUGUAAAUACCCCAAAUGAUAAUGAUGAUAAGAUCAGCAGUGGUAGCAGUGAUGGUGAUAAUAGCAAUUGUGAUAAGAUCGAUUGUGAUACUCCACGUACACAAAAAAUUUUUAACUUCACCAAUGAAUCAAAUUUUGUCAUCGAGAAAAAAAAGGAAAACAACGAAAAUGUUGAAUUAGAAUACUACACUUUUAAGAAGGGCGCAAAUUAUACCAAGUUUUUUCAAGAAAGAUCCAAAAAAAGUUGA